AGAACCGCUGCAGCGAUUCACAUGCAACAUUGUUCCCUUUUGUUUUUCUAAAUGUUAACUCAAUAAUCACUUUAUCGACUCCCAUCACUCGACAGUGGCCGUGUUGCAGUCGACAUCUAAGUGAGGUUAGCUUACUUUUUGUAUAAAGAUUACAGCUACAUCCUGAACGCACAAUUUUUCAAGAAUUAAGACCAAAGUCAUAUGCUUUCGUCAUGUAACUACACACCACAGUCCAACAUGGCGGCCACGUCUGUUUUCCACAGAGCGAGAACAGGUUCGAAAAUAGGAGCUCAAUAUGAUCAAGAGGGCAAUCUUAUUCAGGUUGAAACAAGGGAGGACGAGGAGCAGAGUGUCAGGCUAGCAGAAAUCCUGGAACUUCUGCUUGCUGCUGGAUAUUUCAGAGCCCGAAUAAAAGGACUGGGACCUUUUGACAAGGUGGUUGGAGGGAUGACAUGGUGCAUCACAACAUGUAACUUUGACAUUGAUGUGGAUCUGCUGUUCCAGGAGAAUUCAACUAUUGGACAGAAAAUAGCUCUCACAGAGAAGAUUGUGUCUGUUCUGCCCAAAAUGAAGUGCCCUCAUCGCCUGGAGCCCCAUCAGAUCCAAGGGCUGGAUUUCAUCCAUAUAUUUCCAGUGAUACAGUGGCUGGUGAAGAGGGCCAUAGAGACGAGGGAGGAGAUGGGAGACUAUGUGAGAGCCUAUUCUGUCUCUCAGUUCCAGAAGACACACAGCUUUCCUGAGGAUGAAGACUUCCUCCAGAGGAAGGAAAAGGUUGUGAAAGCAGUCCUAGAUGUAUUGGAAGUGUAUAAACCUCAUAGGAAAUACAAGAGACAGGUUGAAGCAGGAGCGCUGCUGGACGAGGAGUCCAGGGUUCACUCCACUCUAUUGGAGUACGGAAGACGGUAUGGAUUCAGCAAGCAGACAAAACAGGACCAGGCAGAGGAACGGAAAGCCUUGUUGAUGCCAGGCUCUCAGGCCACACCCCCAGGGAUUACAGAGGGGUCGCAGGAGGAGGAGGACCUGCAGGCAGCGGAGGAGCUGUGCAUCAAAACACUGAUGACCAGCAUGGCUGCCAUGGUGACUGAGGAGGGGAGGCUAACGGCUAGCACAGUGGGACAGAUAGUUGGGCUGCAGUCUGAGGAGAUUAAACAGAUAGCAUCUGAGUAUGCUGGGAAGUUGGAGAGGUCUGCAGAGGACCGUCCAGAGCGGUACGGGCCAGUCCAGCAGCACCGUAGGAUAGUGACCUCUCUUAACAAACAGAUCCAACAGAAGACCAAGCAGUUGGAGGAGCUACAAGCCAAACACUUGGAGGUAAAAUCAGCGUGUGUGGAAGCUAAGAGCAAACUGAUGGAGGCCACAGAGCAGACAGAGAGACUGGAGAAAGAGCUGAGUGCCCUGGAAGAGGCUGAGGGCCAGGCUGAUACUGGACUGUUGGAGAAGCUGAGGGCUCUGGUAGGCAUGAAUGAGAACCUGAAGCACCAAGAGCAGGAGUUCCGGACACAUUGUAGAGAGGAGAUGGUUCGCCUGCAGCAGAACAUUGAGGACCUGAAGAUGGAGUCAGGAGAUGAUACGGAGGACGAGAAGGAGAGGAGUCAGCUAAUCGACAAGCAGUACAACACAGACAGAGAUAAGCUACAGAAGAUCAGACUGCUGAUGGCUCGGAGGAACCGUGAGAUCGCCAUCCUGCAGAGGAAGAUGGACGAGGUGCCGAGCAGGGAAGAACUGAACCAGUAUCAGAAGAGGUUCAUUGAGCUCUAUGGCCAAGUUUCAGCAACACAUAAAGAGACCAAGCAGUUAUUCACCUUGUAUAACACAUUAGAUGACAAGAAGGUAUACCUGGAGAAGGAGGUGAACUUGCUGAAUUCCAUCCAUGACAACUUCCAACAGGCGAUGGCGUCUUUGGGGGCCAAGGAACAGUUCUUGAGACAGAUGGAGCAGAUAGUGGUGGGAAUCAAACAAAGCCGCAUUAAGAUGGAGAAGAAGAAGCAGGAGAAUAAGAUGAGGAGAGACCAGCUGAAUGAUGAGUACCUGGAGCUGCUGGACAAACAGAGGCUCUACUUCAAAACUGUCAAGGACUUCAAAGAGGAGUGUCGUAAGAAUGAAAUGCUGCUAUCCAAGCUGAGAGCCAAAGGUGCUUCGUAACCCAAAUCACUGCCUCCAAAAUAAUUUCUCAGUUAUAUAAAAACUAAUCUCGUCAAUCAACGACUGUAUGUCUUUCUGUCUGAAUCAUGUAUUCUCCUCUAUUUGGGAUCACUUGCAUUGUAUUGUCUUAUUCUGCCUAUUGUAUUGUGCUUUGACAUUCCACGUUGCUUUGUAGUAUGUGGAUAGUGAUGCCACUCCUGGCAGGGCAGAGAUUCUUGAGAGGGACAUCAACUGCCCUUUGCAUGGUGACAUGAGGAAUGUUCUCUCUACAUACCAUUUAUAUUUAUGUGCAGGAACUCUAUACUUUUGAGCUAAUAUUCUAGGAGAUGCAGGAACUCCAGCAGAAGAACAUUUGAGGUGCUGGUACUCAGUUCGUGAGCUCCUGCCCAAGUCAAGCAAGCACUGGCUUUACCCAUGUGUAUUGAUCUCUGUUGUCUACCCAUUCCAGCAGUUUAUCAUCACUUUGGCACUUAAUAAAAUAAACCAUGCACAGUC